AUGACAUCCAGGUCAUCUUUACUUCCAGGUGCCCUCGAGUGGAGGCUCGUGCUCGCGGGCACCUGCCUCUUCUCGGUCGGAGUUAUUGCGGGAGGGCUCUGGAACAAGAAGAAAGCUUCUACAGCGCGAUCGCCGAGAGUCACAGUACUGCCCAAACUGUCACCAGAGGAGAUUGCAUCAAUCCCGUAUCCUCCAGAUGUGCUCCCUGGGGCACGCGAUGUCGAUUCGCCUUACGGCUCGAUCAGGGUGUACGAGUUCGGCCCGGAGGAUGGGCGAAAAGUCCUUCUGGUUCAUGGCAUCAGCACUCCUGCGAUCGCGCUGGGAGCUGUUGCCCACGCCCUAGUGGACAACGGAUGUCGUGUCAUGCUCUUCGACCUUUUCGGGCGAGGUUAUUCCGACAACCCUGAAGACUUGCCUCACGACAUUCGACUCUUCACGACUCAAAUACUGCUUGUGCUGGCCUCGUCUGCCUUGUCUUGGACGGGCAAGGACUCUGGCAAAUUCUCUUUGAUCGGCUACUCCCUUGGCGGCGGGAUUGCUACGACAUUCGCAUCAUACUUCCCCAACUUGAUCGACAGCUUGAUCCUAUUUGCGCCGGCGGGAAUCUUGAGACCUUAUCAUAUUAGCAGGACGAGUCACAUCAUCUAUUCCGAGGGCCUUAUCCCGGAGUCGCUGUUACAGCGUCUGGUCAGAAAGCGGCUGCGAAGGCCGAUGGCCACACCCUUGAAGAAGCCAGUAGACAAAGACAACAUGGUUGACGCAACAGAGGCAGUGGCGGCUGAAGUCAACCUUGAAGCCAAUUCUCAAGCCGUUCUCUCAAAGAUCCGUCCUCAUGUCACUGUUGAAAAGACAGUCAUCUAUCAAUUGGACAACUAUCCCAGCUUCGUCGCUGCAUUUAUGUCCAGCAUUCGUUAUGGCCCUGUGCGGUAUCAACAUGACCGUUGGCGAAUCGUUGGGGAGCAUUUGAGCCGCGAGAACGAAGAGAAGGGCACGCAGAAGAAGGUGCUAGUUGUAUUGGGUGCCAACGACCCCAUCAUCAUCCAAAAAGAGGUCGAGGAAGAUGCAACGGAAGUGCUUUCGGGCAAUGUAGAAUUUGCCGUCUUCGACGCAGGACACGAAGUCCCGGUCACGAAAGGCGACCAGAUAGUCGCCCAAAUCAUGGAUUUUUGGCAAAGGACGGAUUGA